AGGGUUGAAUUGAAGUCUCCCAUCGCCUGAGCGUAAAUACUGUCCUGGGUAUUUAGCGGGCGGGGGGAGAAGCGGUCCCUGUAUACACGUGUUGAUGAAGGAAUUCCCCGCCACGUCUAGCGCGUAGUCUGGCUGUACUAUAAAUCACGACAUGAGAAUGGGGCGGCACACAGCAUCAGCUCUCGUCUGCCGUGCAAGUUCGGGUCAACUCACUGUCCCAGUCGUCUUGUCUUAGUCGUGCACAACAGAUUGACUCUUGUCAUCCACUGACACCCAUUCCGUUACUUCAAACUGGAUAUGAAUUACUUACUGGCCAGUUUUCCUAUUCACGGACUUGUGUUUUUAAUUCUGUGUGUGUUACCAACAUAUGCAUCCACGUUCUUCUCCGGUAACAGCAAGGAGUUAUGGCCGUACUUCAAGAUCAAGUGCGGCUUCCGAGAUUGCCCUUAUGGUUACGAGACUGACGUGGAAGGAAGUCCGAUAUGCAAGUGCCACGACCCCUGCAAGUAUGUUUACUGUAUGAAAGGAACGAAGUGCGUCAUCCACGUGCCGAAGACAUGUAACUGGCAAACAUGCAGACCAAAGGCAGGUUGCAAGGAUGUUGGCGGAAAGGGCCGUACGAAGAUCACCUUGUAUACAACGCCAUUGUCGGAUGAUGCCACGGCCUCGACCCACCCCUCCACCCCCAAUUCCCUGUGUCUCCUACCCCUCACGGAAGAGGCCAAGGACUGUAAGAAGAUGAGGAAGAGAUGGUACUUUGAUCCAGAGACUGGAAAAUGCCGAAAAUUCCGAGGUUGCAAAACGGGAGGAAAUAACUUCGGCCGGAAGAAGAGGUGCAAGAGGAAGUGCAUACGGAAACGGAGGUCACCCAAACGGAGAGGAAGAGGUAAGAACGCAAGAAGGAGAGCAAAGGAAUGAAGAGCGAGGGAAGAUCGUCUGAUCCGAAAAUAUGGCACAAUCACCAUCAGAUGUUUAAAUACGAUAUCCUGUCUCUACCGGAAGUAGUAUUCCUCACCCUAUCGUCUACAUCCGGGCGCCAAGGAACAGAACGCUGCGUCCGCACAUGCGUACAAGGUCCCUUGGGCAGGACUUGUUCGGCUGUGAUAGGCUCUCUCGCUCCCAGCAUCAGGCCAUAGGGCAACGAGCGGUCUCAGUUUGCGGCCUCUGAGGACUUAAAAAACAGCGCUAGGGUAUUCAUCGCCUCUUUACUUUCUAGAAAUCCUUCCUUACUUUGUAUUCUGUUUUAAGGAUAUGUUUCGUCGGUCAGUGCCACACCUACUGUUAUUGCAAGAGGUAGUAAGAAGACGGAUUCCCUUUGACAAAGCGCUGUGGGCGUUGCUUGAUGUACGACGUCACACAUGACGAUGAUGUCACCAGUAGGGCUGUCCUCCCCGUGUUUUGAGGCUGCCAAAGAGGUGUCUAUUGAUGUUGAAAUCCACAGGCCAGCUAUGUUUGGCUCUCACGUUGUACGUCCCUUGGAUUUUUUGUUGACGGGUGCUUUACGUACGACAGAAACAGAUUGUAAUUGUUGAACAUUGUCUUCUAAGAAUACUCCCGUGUUGAGUCUCUCAACGAUGUAAAUAUGUAUAGGCAGUUUGUGUAAAAGUCUUAAAGAUGACUGCACAUAUUGAUCAUUGUUGUUGGAAUUAUUAUAUACCAGAUGCAAGGUUUAUUUAUAUUUAUUUGAAUUUUAUUUUUGUACACUUAAGUAUCAAAAUACAUGCUUCACUCUAGCA